UGGCACAAAAUAAAAUUAUACGAAACAAGAAAAAUGCAAAGUCGUGUAUGAUUUUCAUGCUGCGUAACGUGCGUGCAAGUGCAAGUUGGGAAAAGGAGGUGUGAUCUACGGAGAAGGACAAAAUCGUCCAUCUACAACAACUAACUAAACUUUAACCACAACACCAUCGCCAUCACACUCCGUUUUCCCUUUCGGUUCGGAUCUUCAAAUCAAACCGCUCUUUUUCGAACCGGACGUCGGCGAAGACGGUCGAACCUGGUUCCCACAGCGACGGCACUGACGGUGACACGCGACGGAGUUUUGUAAUGCUAUUGAUCUAGUUCCUUAAUGGCUUCUAACAACCCUUCGCUUCGCCCUGAGAUUGGACCUGAUGGUCUUGCUAGAGAAGCUUCCGUCAUCGGCUAUACCGAGAGGAUCAUCGAAGAGGAGCAGCUUCAAUUGCAGAAAUAUAUUCAAGAAAACUAUUCAAAAAUCCGCAAUGUGGAGCGUGAGCUUGCGAAUCUCACGCUUGAGAUGAAACUUACAGCCGGGCCCAAAAAAUCAGCACUUGAACAUUUGAGGAAGAAAAUAGAACAAUCAACAGAGAAAAUUCGUGUAGCCAAGAUAAAAGAAGAACAGGCCCGGAAGGUAUUUACUUUAAUGUUCUCCAUGUUUCUCAUGCCAUUUUCAUGUUAACAUUCAAGUGGAGUUGUGUACUGCACUAUGACAGCAACACUACCAUCUGUUGGAAUUCUCAAUAUUGCCCAUGAUUCUCUUGGAUUCUAUGUGAAAUAUUCUGUUAUUGAUUGAAUUAUUUAUUACAACUGAGUUGGAUCUAUUUAUAGAUCUUUCCGACAACCUGUUUUAGUAGGUCAUGGGCUAGCACUGACUCACACAUGUCAGUCAGUUUGUUAGGUUGCUUAUAAUUGUUUCUAUAUAUGGUAGACAGUUAGUUACAAGGUACUACAUUUCAGUGAUGAGUAUAUGGGCAUAUAAGGUGAUGUAGGACACCCUGCUGAUUCUGGAAUCGAGUAAAAGGUUUAAAGGUUUGAAUUCUCCACCCAGGCAGUUUGAAGGGGGAGUUGAGUUGCAACCAUUGUUUUGAAUUGUUGAAAAUUGAAUUGUAGUGAGAACAUCCGACUUUCUUUUUAUUUGGUAAACUCAUGUAAAUCUGGUGUGUACAUCGAUGAAGGUGAUAUAAUAGAAGAAUCAAUGAUGGAUGUGAAAGGUGCAAAGCCCCAUAUAUUACUAUAUAGACUAGUUCAAAACGUUGUGUAAAUGGUGAUAUAAGAGUGAGAUAGUAUCUAUGAGAUUUACCUGGACAACUAGAAUUAUAAAAAGUAUCUAUGAGAUUUACCUAGACAACAAUAAAUGCAAAAAUCACAUGUGCUUUUAUUAUUGAAGGGAAUAUUGGAAGAUUUUAGUUCAAGGUGUUGAACAUCCACACUUGGAUGUCCAAGCCUAGAAUGCCAGGUGGAAAAAGAAAUAACAUUUUCUGUUGAUGUAUUAUAAUCAGACUGGUAGAAGUAGAAAUUCUAGUCCAGUUUGACUGAGCAGGAUAGGAAAUUGUAGAGGCCAUCCCUUUCAAGCCAUCCUUUGAGAAAAAUCUCAUCGGAAGUCAGACAUUUAACAAAACAUCGAUUAGGAUGGAAUUCAAAGUAGAGUUAACUGUUUUUGGCAAACGGACUAACACUUAGUAGAUUUAUGGUGAUAGUUGGAACGUGUAAUGGAUUAUUUCAAACUAACUGAAAUUUGGUGUUUAAAGAAGAAUUGAAUUUUGUGGAACCAGUUGAAAGGACAGACAAACUUUGGCCAAUUGCCUAUGAUUAAUCUCAUUAGGUCCUCUAAAAGGUGACAAUUGUUGGAUGUCCGUGUCCGAGUCCGGGCUUCAUAGGAGGUGACAUGGUGAGAUGCACCUGAAUCAAGGUGCCAAUUCACUGCACUUGCAGAAUCAGAGUUGGCCAUCAUUGCCUCUGGCUUGCGUUAGGGGGCACCACUCAUAAAAAGCAUCAUGGGAAAUUGAGAGAAAUUAGGGUUGAAUUUUGAGGAACCAGUUGAAAGGACAGACAAACCUUGGCCAUUGCCUGUGAUAAUCUCAUUAGGACCUUCAAAAGGUGACGAAUGUUGGAUGUUCAUUGGAGGUGACUGGUGAGAUGUACUUGAAUCAAAGUACCAAUUCACUGAACUUCCAGAAUCAGAGUUGGCCAUCAUUGCCUCUGGCCUGGGUUGGGGGGGCACUAGUAAUAGAAGGCAUCAUGGGAGAUUGAGAGUAAUUAGCGACGGUAGGCAUGGAGAAUGUAGCUGGCUAACAAGGCAUGGAUGAAUGUCAGUAGCUACCAGUGGAUGGAGUUUGUAUGCUAGCAGAAGACCAAGGAGAGCUAUAAGAGUUAGGGUUAUAGGAAUUACCCUGUGAGCUUUGAGCUAGAGGUGCAUGUGACAUGUAAUCUCUUUUGAAGUGAUUGAAACAAAUGGAAGCAUCAUGACCAAAUUUAUGGCAAACCUGACAUUGAAUGGAACAAUGACUACCACGUCCUCUACCACCAUGACCACCACGAUGAGACUUGCUACCUCUCGUUAAUGAACUCAUAGGAUGUCAUCAGAGUUUCUGACUUGGAUGUCAUCAAAAUCAGAGGAGAUGGAAUUUGCAUUGUGAUCAAGAGAAGGACUAGUGGAUGAUGCAAGUUUUACUUAAGGCAGAGAUAAUUUCUUGAACCUU